AUGUGCUGUGUGCCCGGGACAGAACCGGGCUGGGAACGGUGCACCGGAGCGGUACAGAGCUGUGUGCUGUGUGCCCGGGACAGAACAGGGCUGGGAACGGUGCACCGGGACGGUACAGAGCUGUGUGCCCGGGACAGAGCGGGGCUGGGAACGGUGCACCGGAUCCGAUAUGAGCUGUGUGCCCGGGACAGAGCGGGGCUGGGAACGGUGCACCGGGACAGAACCGGGCUGGGAACGGUGCACCGGGUCCGAUAUGAGCUGUGUGCCCGGGACAGAACCGGGCUGGGAACGGUGCACCGGGACAGAGCGGGGCUGGGAACGCAGCACCGGGACAGAGCGGGGCUGGGAACGGUGCACCGGAUCCGAUAUGUGCUGUGUGCCCGGGACAGAGCGGGGCUGGGAACGGUGCACCGGGGCGGUACAGAGCUGUGUGCCCGGGACAGAGCGGGGCUGGGAACGGUGCACCGGAGCGGUACAGAGCUGUGUGCCCGGGACAGAACCAGGCUGGGAACGGUGCACCGGAGCGGUACAGAGCUGUGUGCCCGGGACAGAACCGGGCUGGGAACGGUGCACCGGAUCCGAUAUGAGCUGUGUGCUGUGUGCCCGGGACAGAGCGGGGCUGGGAACGGUGCACCGGAGCGGUACAGAGCUCUGGCAAAGGGGCUCCCCGGAGGAGAAAGGGAAAAACCCUCCAAACCACCGAGGACAGAAAAACAGCGCCCAGGCCUGGAGCCCCCGGAGCACAGACGGGAUCACACCCCAACAUCGGCGUCCCCGUCCGGCCGCGCCCCCUCCGCGGCCUUUCGGCACACGGACACGCGUGGGAACAGCGACAUCCGCGGGGACAGCCACGGGUGGGAACAGGGACAGCCCCCGGACAGACUUGGGAACAGGGACAGCCACCGGGACAGACUUGGCGCAGGUUGGCAUGGCCAGAGAACCCCUCAGCAUGACCCCAGACCCGCCUCAGCCCUGGCUGGGAACGAGAAGGGGAACGCAGGGGCGAUGGAGCAGUGGCUGGAACGAGAAGGGGAACGCAGGGGCGAUGGAGCCCCGCAAACGCCUCUCCUGCCUCGGACCAAGGCUGACCACCCCAGCCCAUCCAGACCUGCUCCAAAGGGUCAAGCAUUUCAGAACUACACAAGGAUCAUAGACAAUUCUUUGAAUAGAAUGAACAUGCUGCAGGAGCUCUGGCCCACAGCCCUUGCAGAGCAAACCCUCUCAGACACCGGCAGCAGGGAUUUCCAGCAGCAGACCCCAGGCAACAACCAGUCACCCAGCGUUCUGUCCAAGAGUCCAUGA